CAUUGCCCAAGGUCUGGACAAGGUCGAACACUCGAACCACUUCUUGCACACAAACGCACACACCAGUAGAGAUAUCAAGAUGGAAUUCACGGCUGUGCUAAUCAAGAUUGUGGGCUUGAUCUCGGAGGCCUGCCGCACCGUGGAGAAGCUGCCGGCGGCGCUGAUCACGAGCGGCAUCGUUCAAGCUGCAGCGGCGCUCGCGCUCGCCGUCUUCAAGUCUCCGUCAGGUAUUUUCGUUGGUCAUGGAAGGGCGCCCUUGUACCUGUACUACGGCAUCCUCAUCGCCGUCAUAAUCUUUGGAUUCGUCGAGGCUUCUGCGGGCUUCUACGUGUCAGGCGACGUGACUCGGAGGCGCGCCGUCCCGACGGCGAUCCUUUGGGUCUCCAUUUUGCCCAUUGUCCUUGUGGCUGGGCUUGGAGGCUCUGUCAUCUUGAAAUAG